CGGCGCGCCAAAAUCUGGGCUUGGUAUACGCCGCUGGGCAAUAUCAAGCAAGAUUAAACGUACACAGUCCGUCGACAAGUAGCCAGGCCAGAGACUGAGACGAAGAGCCCGUCCCCAGCUGCGCUACAAAGCGAGCACACAGCUGUACCGGCCGCCCGCUGGAUGAUUGGCAAAUCCCGGACGUGCGCGGUGCUGGCGUUGGCGCAACUCACGGGCGCCGUCGCGACGAUGAAAUUAAGGAGCGGCCUGAAGAUGACCGCGUCUGGAGGCGGUACAAAACUGCGGAUGCCGCAGCCGGCCACGCUGGCCACGUCUGCAGCUCUAGUGUCGACGGGCGCCGUGUUCAUACGGUCCAAAAUGACACAAACAGCCGUAACAGUAGCAGCGAACCCGAAGAUGGCCGAGGGCCUGGCCUACUCCUUCGCCGCGCUGUGCGGCAACACCGCCGCUUCACUGUUAAGGAAGCAAGUCUCACGAAGCUCAAAGGUGAAGCCCGCGGAACAAGUGGGCCUCGCGACGGCAUUGCAGGGCGUCGUCGCCUGCGCCUACUGCGCCCAGCAGGGGCUAUUUUCGACAGCAGUCACCUCAGCAUUCUUAAUACCAGCGGUCGGCUCCGCGGUCCUCAACGCCCUCACAAAAACGCUGGAGACCAAGGCCUACGCCAUCACGGACGUGUCGUUGUGUGCGCCCUUUUUAGCUUUUGAUCCGGUCAUGCAGUUUUUGCUGCCGGUCCGCGACGCGGCGUCCCGUUUCACGCCGUCGACGCGCGUCGUCUCCAGGAAUGAUGGAAGUGGGUGGUUUCUUUUCUGAUUUUGAGCCGUUUCGGACCGCGUCGGGCCCGUCGCGGCGUGUCAGAGAGACAGCGAUCACAUCGAUGGCGUCUUCACGAGACAGCGCCGCCGCGACGCCGUCGUCACGACCACACGAGAGCCGACGCGUCGCGUGAGUGGACGGAGGCGGUCUCGCGAGACGGUAUCAAUCAACACAGGCGCUCUUCGCGCCGCUGGCCUGCCGAGCCUUUGGUAUUGGAUGUGGAUUAACAGCACAAUUCCCGCCCUACCACCCUUUAGCUGUUGUUUGUGUGGGCACUGGAGCUUACUUAUUAGCGUCAGUGGCCGCGAAAGCCGCAAAAACAGCGAAAAAGCAAGACUCGAAGGUCGACAGUAGAACGGCCUACGGCCUGCCCAUCGGCGCCUGGAUGAUCCUGGGCAACUGCGCGAUUUAUUCGAUCACUUCCAGACUAGAUAAAUUAGCAGUUCUCGCGGCAGGAAAAACGCUGUACUACGCCUACGGCCGCGUCAUCAUGGCCUCGACGUGCUUCCUGGGCGUGAGGCCGGGCAAAGAGGCCGUCCGGGAGCUGACGCAGCCCAAAGUCGCUUCGUUAGUUCUGGCGACGUGUGCCGCGGAGGCCGUCUACAUGCUCGCGUUGUAUCAAGCUUUUGCGUGCAUCUCGCCGGUCUACGUCACGGCGAUCAAACGGGGCGGCGGCGUGCUGCUCGCUUCUUUUGCCUCCAUGUUCUUUUUUAAAGAACCUCUGGCCGGCCGGGGCUUCCCGAUCGCGGCGAUCGUUGCUGGGGUUGUGGCGCUGUGCCUUUGAAGCGAGUAAGGAGGAGUCAACUCG